AAUUAAAUACAAGUAUAUGUUUCCAUGACUGUAUUUUUACAGUUUAUUAUUCAUAGCUACUGUGCAUUAAUGCCUCAAGGAAACUACAUGAAAGAGAACUAAAGUUCCCCUUUCCUGCUUACUAUGAUUGUGAUAAUAAAUUGAAAGAAUUCUGGAAGCCCAGUGAGUCACUGAAUUAGCCUACAGGAAAUUCCUUUUGUAUAAAUGUUUUUAUUAUAUAGGGAGACUUUUCUUUGGGUUUUUUCCCCCCCAGACGUUCAUUUUCCUUACAAACUAAUUGGAUUACAUGCAUGAGCACAGGAGGGAAACAGAACUGGGCAGUUUCUGAACACGGUUAUUUUACAUUGCAAUAAUACGUAACUAAAGCAUUGCCAAAGUGUGAGAUAUUUAGAAUUCAAGCAAAGCAAACUUGCUUUAGAUCUGAAGUAUCUGUAUAACUUAAGUUUAUUUGAAAAUUCAUUUAAGAGGGCAUCUGUUUUCACUUAAAAAGUGAUUUAGGCUUUACUAGCUCAAGAGCAUAAAUUUAGAAAAUAGCAUAAAACUGCAGUCACGUGUCAUUUAUUCUUUGACCUUGAGCAAGACCUGUCAAUUCGCUAGAAGGAUCAAGUUUCUUAUUUACAAAUGAAUAAAUUAAUUAAAUAGAAAAGACUUCAUCAUAUUUCUCUGACAUCUUUCAGGUCUUUGGUUGACGUGACCAGGGUUUAUGACACAUUGAGCCCAACUUCGCAGAAAACCACUUCGUGGUUUCCCUUCCAAAACCCCAAGCCACUGACAACGACAGCGAGAGCUCCUAACAGGUCCAACCAUCUUCACAUUCUACGGUUUUGGAUCCUCGGGACUCGGAGAGGUUGUAAGUGAAGGAAAGCACGGCGCCGAGGGGCGGGGCUAAGAAGGCAGGACGGAACUAGAUUUACGUCAUUUCCGCCUACGGCGUUACCGAGGAGACAAGCAGAGGCUGGGCCAGCGGCGACUGGCAGCACCUACCGUACUAAGCUCAGUCCAAACAAGGAGACUAAAGCAACAGUAAGAACUCAAGCAAGAUUAAGAUCCUUACAAGUUGUGUCUGACAUAUGCACAGGGGUAUCAGGAUGUUUCUACAGCCUACAAGGAUCAGCCAAGGAUCAGCCAAGGAUCAGCCUGAAAAUUUAAGGUCUUCUCAGGACUUUCAAAUGCCUUGGAAACAGGAGGCAGAAUUUAUAAAGAGGGAUAAAGCUGCCAGAGUCAUUCAGAAGGCCUGGAAAAGUUUCCUUAAUGUUGCUGUAUUCCAACACUUUAAAAGUCUGAUUAAUAUAAGAAGACAAGGGGAGCCACGUCACAUAAUGAGAUACAUUAAUCCUAAAGAGGCAGAGCUUCUAGAUGCUGCUGCUGGCAUUCAUGUACGAUUCAGGCUAGGUGGUGUUAAAUUUCCACCUGAAAUAUAUUAUAAAAUUUUCACUCACAGACAUAUUGAAGAUCUAUGUGCUAAUAGCCCCAGAGAUUACACAAAACUUCCAGUAAAACAUACAUCUCAUAUUAAAAGCAAUAAUCCUCAGGAAGAGGAUCAAAGUGGCUGGUAUCGUCGUACAGAGAACAAUGGCUGGAGACCUGUUUCUGAUAGAUUUUGGAUGUCUACUGAACAUGUAAUGAUGGGAGAUGAAAAAGAAAGUGAAUUCCAUUUCUCUAAAUUGAAGAGAAGGCAAGAUAUGGAAAAGAAAAGAAAAAUUAGAAAAAUAGAGUGGAUGAGGCAAAUGUACCACGCAGGAAGCCUGGAGGCUAAGUCAACAAAUCGUGAAACUCUAGGUUUAAUUCACACAGCAACGAAAGGGCUGAUAAGAGCUAUCGAAGAUGGUGGAAUAGAUUCCGUGAUGGAAUGGGAAGUGGAUGAAGUGCUGAACUGGACAAAUACGCUGAACUUUGAUGAUUGGCUAAUUCAAGCAAAGGGCCACCAAGCUUUAGUGGAAGAUUACAAAAAAGUCUACACCCAAUGUCCUAUCACUACUGGAAUACAAAAAGAAUAAAAACAAUUGAGGUCAAAGGGAAGAAAUAAACAGGCAUCUCAGUCUACAUAAUACUUUCUCCAAUAUCAUCCCCUAACACGCUUCUCUGAUGGGUGAUGAAGAUUCCUAAUGGCUUCCCUCUGUGGGAAAAAAGAUAAAAACAGAAUAAACUCAUAAGACUUGAAGUGGUCUUUUUGUAUCAGACACUCUACAUGGAGUGGGAUGAGUAUACCUAGCUUUGAUAUGGUGAGACUAACUCUCCAUUCCAAAAUGAAAAUUUCCAUUUUUGAAAAUGCAGAUGCCUUAUGUUUCCAAAUUAUGUACAACUUCUAUCAGUUCAUUCUCUGAGUUGGGUAUAAGUGUAAUUUGGCACCAACUUGGAAUUCUUAGAGAGUGAGUCUUCCUUUUGAGCCCUGGACAAUAAAAAUUUCAAAUGGAAUCCAGCAUGAUUGUUUGAGAAUAUUUCAGUUCCAUUACUGACCACAAGCUACUGAUUAUCUCAGCAAAACCACACUUUGCAAAGACCCUCCCCUAGCUGACUACGGAUAUUAGGUGUAAGCACCUUCUUCCUAGUACAUUUACAGUCUCCGCAGUCUACUUUCCUGUUAGGUCUUCAUAGUUGUCAGGUUAUUUGUAAAUGGUUUGAUGACACCUUGUUUGAUGAGAAUUUCAGAAUCUAAUAUUUUUCCCUUCGGGAGAAUUGGUAGCCACUAAUUCCUUGGGAGUAUCCUUCAAAAUCUAUAGACAGUUUUUGAUAGUCAGACAAUCACAGUGAACACACACACAAUCACAAUAUUCACAAUAAAUGUGUUGAAUACUGAUAUUGAGUGAUACAAACCAGUUUCUUCCCAAAAGGCUUUUGUGCUAGCCCCUGGUUGUGACAGAUGGACACUCUCCUGGGAAGAAGCCACGCACAUCUUCAGAUGCACACUGCAACAAUAGCAACUGAGUACAAUGUUAUUAUAAUUUAGAAGAAUGGAUAGAGCCAACUUUACUCUUGGAUCAAGGACACAGAUGAGUACUAUUACAAAUUCUGUGCCAUCCAGAGAUGCGUUGCUGCAGGCAACAUAGAAUGUAAAACAAUCCCUGCGUCACCAUCAUGAGUCACCACAACGCCACAUGAUGGCCACUGUGACUGUUGCUGGCAUUCAUCCUGCUGGAUUUUCAGGGGCAUAUUCUCUAUCAAGAUGGAUGUUCCUCUUCCAGGAUCUUCAUACUUUUCAAACUGGAAGUGAAUUUGGACAUAACCUGUUAAGUGAUCAGCAGCUGGGAUAUCCUAAAUAAUUUCCUGAUAUUCUAUUAACUCUGUUGGUGAGAGCUCUUUGCCUUUGUGUCUUAUGGGUUGUUUCUGUUAUCUGAAGCUGCUCCUUUGAUUUCUAAGACAUAUAGUUACAUGGCCUCUCUUGCUAGUGACUUUUCCUAGACCGAUAAAUGUUAAAUUUGUAUUCCUCUGGGAUUCAUUGUAGAUUCUACAAACACUUUAUUCUGCAAUUAUCUAAAGAAAUUCCAAAACUUUCUUAGUGAGAAAGACAGAUGAGCUCUAUGAUAUAAGCAGCAUGGUAACACUAUCAUCAGACUGUUGCUUCUAUUUGUAAAACUUAGAUACCAGUUACUGCUGGUAUGUUCUUUAUAAGUUCUUUUUAAAUAAUUGAAUACAUUCAUGUCCUAAUCCCAGGUAAAGCAGGGGUCAAUGAGCAGCUGUAAUAUAUAGCAUAUGCUUUUGCCAACACUGUCAGGACUUAGUGUUACCAAACCAGGUUCCUGUUUGCCCACCACCCAGAAAGCCAAACACCAAGACGAUGAGAUUGCAGCAGAGAGAGAGUUUAAUCACAGGGCAGCCAUGUGAGGAAGCGAGAGCAUGAGUCUCAAAUCCGCUUCGCCAAAUAUGGGGGGCUCAGGGAUAUUUAUGUGAUAGGGGGGCAAAGUGGUCUGAAAUGUGGAGACGUGAUUGGAGGUGACGAGAGGUGAGGUAAUUGACGAUCUGCCUAAAUUUAAGGUCAAGCCAGACUGAAUUGUCUACUAAGAGAUCCUGGAAGGGAUUUACACUGCCUGCUGUUAACCUGCAUCUUUUCAUUUAACAGAGACCCAGCAGUAUCCCAUUUAAGGCCUGUAGGGAAGGAAGAAAAUUUCCUCUUCUCAUUCUACGUCCUUCUGGCUGGUCUGUGAAUUAAAUUGACAUGAGACAGAAUAACAGG